UUUGUUGGUUUGCGUUACAGGACGACGAUGAUGAUGAUGACCUUUAUUUAGAACCAGAAGCAGCUUGCUCUCCUCCCCCGCGUGGGCCCAUGAAGAUGCCUCUGUCUCCCAGGACACCGGCACCUGCUCAAAUACCCUUGAAGAAGCCUUCAAUUCCCAGAGAUAAGUCUAAUUUUGUUUUGCCUCCAUUAGAGGACAGAAAAAGAGGUCCUUCGGCAGAAGAGAAACGUCCCACUUUUGCAAAGCCCCCUCCACCAAUUCCUGGUGCUAAGCCGCAUCUGCCAGCAAUCCUGAAGGAACCUAAAGCCAGCCCUCCAAAUCCCCCAAUACCAGACACUAAGCCUGUGGCCUCCUAUGGUGGUAUGAGGGUAACCAGACAUAACAGCCUGGAGGAUAGAGAAUGGUUUGCUGGUGACUGCAACAGAAAGACAGCAGAGGAUCUCUUACAGAGAAUCAACAAGGACGGUGCCUUUCUCAUCCGAUACAGCUCUGCCCAGAGCACUCACCAACCCUACACCCUUGCCGUGCUUUACCAGCAGAAGGUGUACAAUGUUCCCAUUCGCUUCCUGGUGGAAACUAAAGCCUAUGCCCUUGGAAAGGAAGGAAAAAAGAACGAAGAGACUUUCAACAGCCUGGAUGAAAUGAUUUCUUACCACAAGAAUAACCAACUGCUGCUGAUUGACAGCAGGAGCCAGGCCAAGCACACAGCACAUUUAACCCACCCUGUAUGCACUUAAAACUACAUUGAAACAACCUGUUCAGACGAAUCAUGAGGAUAAUGGCACAAUCACUUACUGCAGGGCUACUGGGUGUCAAUCCCAGAAAUGUAGUUUCAUCUUUAUGGAAUCUAUAACACAUAGUACUUUUUUUCAUUUUAAAUAAGGGAAAGGAGACAGGGUAACUUUCAGUGCACCGAGUGGUCGAAAAUCCUCAGUGACACACUGCCUCAAGAUAGCAUGAAGUUCAGAGCUCGUCAACUUCGGUGCCUGUUUGCACCAUAUUGUCAUAGUAAUGAAUAGUUAACUGUUGAUGGUAGGCUCUAGCUGUGAGGAUGUUUA